CUCAGACCAAAUCAACAUCCAAUGCAUUACUUUUCAACUCGAGGUGGCGAUUCACGUUUAUCAUUUGAAGAGACAGUCUUAGCUGGACUUGCUCCCAACGGUGGUCUUUAUAUCCCUUCCUCAAUUCCCACUUUACCUGAAAAUUGGCAAACCCAAUGGGAAUCUCUUUCAUUUACUGAAUUGGCUUUAGAAAUUUAUUCUCUUUAUAUACCGAUUACUGAAAUCUCAAGAAACGAACUGGCUGAACUUAUCAAUCGAUCUUAUUCAACCUUUUCACAUCCUUCUAUCGCACCUAUCAGAACUCUCGAUCCCACUACAUCUGUUCUUGAACUUUGGCAUGGUCCUACUUUCGCAUUCAAGGAUGUUGCUUUACAAUUCUUGGGAAACUUGUUUGAAUUUUUCUUGGCACGUAAGAAUUCUACACGACAACAUAAACAGAGGAUCACGGUUGUAGGUGCUACAAGUGGUGAUACUGGUAGUGCAGCUAUCUAUGGUCUUAGAGGUAAAAAGGAUGUUUCAAUCUUCAUUUUACAUCCUAAAGGUAGAGUUAGUCCGAUUCAAGAAGCUCAAAUGACGACUGUCUUGGACUCUAAUGUCUUUAAUUUGGCUGUGGAGGGUACAUUUGAUGAUUGUCAAGAUAUUGUUAAAAGUUUAUUUAGUGAUGCAGAAUUUAAAGAAUCGUAUCAAUUAGGAGCCAUUAAUUCGAUUAAUUGGGCUAGGAUCUUAGCUCAAAUUGUGUAUUAUUUUUCAUCUUAUUUUGAACUUAGAAAACAUGCAAAACUUAAUCAUCGAAUUCAAUAUGUCGUACCGACUGGUAACUUUGGAGAUAUCUUGGCUGGGUUUUAUGCUUUUAAGAUGGGUUUACCUAUGGGUUCGGAAGAUGGAAGCUGUCCUGGAUUGGUGAUUGCCACUAAUGCUAAUGAUAUUUUGACAAGGUUAGUCAAGAAUGGAGGAGUGAAAGAAACUCUAAGUCCGGCGAUGGAUAUUUUAGUUUCUAGUAACUUUGAACGAUUACUCUUUUAUCUUGCGCUUGAUACGUUAACGACAUCAGAACGAUCAGAAGAAGAUAAGAUUAGAAAAAGUCAAGCACAAGUCAAUCAAUGGAUGCAAGAAUUAAAAACCAAUGGAAAGUUUGUAGUCCCCACUGAAACCUUACAACUCGCAAAACAAAUCUUUGUAGCAGGUAGAGCAUCAGAUGAAGACACAUGUGAAACGAUCCGAUUACAUUUCGAAAGAGAAGGAGAUCGAUAUAUUGUGGAUCCUCAUACGGCUGUUGGAUUAUUUGUUGCUAAAACCCAAAAAUCAGUCAAUCCUUUGAAUAUGAUUCAAUUGGUUUUAGCAACAGCUCAUCCAGCGAAAUUUUCAGAAGCCGUUCAAAAAGGAAUCAGUGCUUCUAAAGGAUUUAAUGAAUUUGAUUUUGAAAAAGAUGUUUUACCAAAUGAAUUUAAAGGGUUAUUAGAAAAACCUAAGAAAAUCAUUGAAGUCAAUGGGAUUGAAGAUUGGAAAACUCAAGAGAUUGUGGUUAGAGAAGUUAAGAGAUUGUUUGGUGAAUCGAAUUGAUGAUUGGUUUGGUUCCAGUGGGUGUAAAGGAAAGGAGAUGGUUUUUGGCGAAUCAUGUAAGGGAGAUUUGGUUGGAUCUAUCUUGGAGAAAUAUCAAGAUGAUUUUUAAGGUGUUGAUUUCAUGUUUUUUCUGGCAUUAUUUGAACAAGCAAGGGAAAUGGGUUUUUCAAAUUCCAUAGAUGUUCUAAGAAUUCUGACCAUUUUUUUACUUGAAAUAUCAUUGCUGCUAUGUGGAAUUGGUGUGGUUAGUUUCUGACCAAUUUCCAAUUUUUGGUUGAAAUAUGUUUGAAAAUGAAUGAGUCUGAUUGAUUGUAUUGAGUGUUCUCUGCUACUGC